GAGCUCCGCCCUGCCCCCGACCAGACACUGCAGGGUUCAGCCCUGCGCGCGGGAGCGGCAGCCUGGGGUCCCCGACCCCCACACCUCCGAGAAAAGGGUCCUCCCUGCCCUCCUCGCCCCGUGUCCCUGCCCCAGAGAUAGGGUCCUACCUGCGCCCCACAUCCCUGUACCUCGGAGAGAGGACCCCGCCCCGCGCCCCCUGCCCCAGAAGGAGGGGCCCACCCUGCGCCCAGGGGCGGGUGCGCGUCUGGUGACCGCGCUCUCGCCUCCCGCAGCCCGCGCGAGCCGCGUCAGGGCAGAGGCGGGGUGGGGCGCGGUUAAAAGGCGCUGCAGGUGGAAACGGGGCCUUCACCCCAGCCAGGCCGACAGCCCGACUCCCACUCGGUCACCCGCCGGAGAGCGGCGGCUCCAAAGCCGACCUGCCCGCCCCGCUGGAGCGGAGGGCGGCGCCCCGAGCCCAGAGUUCGGGUCCUGGCCAGCAGGUGACAUCCUUACUGACAUCCAGAAAUCAAAGGAAGUUUUUAUUUGUAUCUUCACUGUGCACAGCUGACUUCCACGCAAUCAGGUGGUGGAGGAGAAGAAAGUCUGAAGCCCUUGAGGAGGGACCUUGCCCUCAUUUCUUCAAGCCCGACUCGCUGGCAGUCCUUAGCAGUAAGGCUCAGGGACAAGAAAGUCUAAGACCAGAGAGCAGAAGGACACUGGUGACUCCAUCAUACCUCAACAGUGGAAAAAUUGCCUGAGUGCAUUCUUCUGAGCAGGUGUCUUCCCUUUUCCAAGGAUUCUCAAAGGGAAUAAAACGGCACAAUGGAUUGGGGGACCCUGCACACUUUCAUUGGGGGUGUGAACAAACACUCCACCAGCAUUGGGAAGGUGUGGAUCACAGUCAUCUUCAUUUUCCGAGUCAUGAUCCUUGUGGUGGCCGCCCAGGAAGUGUGGGGUGAUGAACAGGAAGACUUUGUCUGCAACACUCUGCAACCGGGAUGCAAGAACGUGUGCUACGACCACUUCUUCCCCAUCUCCCACAUCCGCCUGUGGGCCUUGCAACUGAUCUUCGUGUCCACACCAGCACUGCUGGUGGCCAUGCAUGUGGCAUACUAUAGACAUGAAACUGCCCGAAAGUUCAGGCGAGGAGAAAAGAGAAAUGAAUUCAAAGACCUAGAGGACAUUAAAAAGCAGAAAGUUCGAAUAGAGGGGUCCCUGUGGUGGACAUACACUGGCAGCAUCUUCUUCCGAAUCAUCUUUGAAGCUGCCUUUAUGUAUGUGUUUUACUUCCUCUAUAAUGGGUACCACUUGCCCUGGGUGCUAAAGUGUGGGAUUGAGCCCUGCCCCAAUCUUGUUGACUGCUUUAUUUCCAGACCAACUGAGAAAACGGUGUUUACGAUUUUUAUGAUUUCUGCAUCUGUGAUUUGCAUGCUGCUCAAUGUGGCUGAGCUAUGUUAUCUGCUGCUGAAAGUGUGUUUUAGGAGAUCCAAAAUAACCCAGACCCAAAGAAAUCACCCCAACCAUGCCAUAAAGGAGAGUAAACAAAAUGAAAUGAAUGAACUAAUUUCAGAUAGUGGUCAAAAUGCAAUCACAGGUUUUCCAAGUUAAGCAUUUCAAGACAAAAUGUUGUCACAUCCUAACAUUUGUCUUCUCCAGGAGAAGACAACCUGAAAAUCCUCUCUCUAAGCUGAAGAGUUUGUCUUUAUAAAUGACCUUCAUAAUAAAUAGAUACUUGAGUUCACUUUUUGUAGAAUACUUGUGCCAUUCACAUGUGACAUAAUCAAAUACACAGUCCAUCUCUGUGUUUGAAAACAAAACACUGGUUGAUUACUGAGCCUUGAAGUCAUUUUAACAAGUUCAUUUUAUGUGGACCAUCCAACCUAGUAGGUUUUCCUGAAAAUUUAUAUUUCUGUUGUUGUUAAGGAGCAUUUUUCUAGAAAUUGAUACUUUUAUUAGUAAAAGAUAUUUUUAUAGGAUUGAAUGUUUUAGUUCUGACUUUGAAUUUAUAUAAAGUAUUUUUAUAAUGACCAGCCUUCUUUACCUGGAAAAACAUACGUUAGUUUUAGAACUAUUACCACAAGUAUCUAAAUUUUGAAUUUGCAAAGGGUCUGUCUUGUAAAUAUUGUUUUGCAUUGUCUAUGGAGAAAUUUAUGAGCUGUCAUGAUACUCUCAAGGUGGAAAGUGUUCUUUGUACAAUAUAUUUUUACUGCUUUUUGAAUGUAGAUGGAGCUGUGCGGAAGUGGGAUGCUUUUUAAAACUAGCCUGUUUGCCAAUCAUUUAUAAUGAUCACAUCAUAAAUGUGAUCAGCUCAAUAAAGUUCUGCACCAUUG